AUGUAUCUUGUGCGGUUACCUUUUGUUGCAAAUGAGCUAGUCAUCUCUGUGGUCUACGCAUCUAGUGUCAGUAACAUGGCUAGGAAGCCACUUUGGGCAGAGUUGCAAUCUCUCGCAUCUUCUCCCCUUGUGCAAGAUAAGCCUUGGUCUGUGCUUGGGGAUUUCAAACAGAUUCUAUAUCCCCAUGAACACUCAAACAUGGACCAGCAUGCUCAACCCCCUGGUAUGUUGGAUAUCUCUCGAUGCUUCUCCCUCUCUGCCCUCAGUGACCUGCAGUAUUGUGGAAACACAUUUACCUGGUCAAACAAACAGGAUGCAGGGUUUGUAGCUAAAAAGCUAGAUCGUAUCAUGGUAAAUGAUAGUUGGCUCUCACUCUUCCCUUUGUCUUUGGCGGUCUUCGGGGAACCAGGUUUCUCUGACCAUAGUCCCUGCUGUCUGUUUCUUGACUCCCAUAAGCCAAAAAAGAAGAUACCAUUCAAAUUUCUCUCCUUGCUUAACAGACACCCUGAAUUCGCAGGCCUUAUAAAAGUUUGGUGGGACAAUCUGAAUUUCGACUGCUCAGAAAUGUUGAAACUGUCAAAGAGGCUGAAAGAGCUUAAGCCAGUUAUCCGAGAAUUCAGCCGAGAGAACUACUCAAACUUAGAAAAGAGAGUAAGGGAAGCAUAUGACCGCCUAAUCACAUGUCAACAAAGCUUGCUCUCUGAUCCGUCCCCUCCUCGGAUACUGCAAGAAUCCAAAGCUCAUCAAACCUGGUGUACCUUGGCUCUUGCCGAGGAAUCGUUUCUCAGGCAAAAAUCUCGAAUCUGUUGGUUAGAAGAGGGUGACAAAAACUCCAAAUUCUUCCACCGGGCAGUUUAA